AUGGUUAAUAUUGAGGUACUAAAGGUAGAAAGAUUUCUUGAGGGGCUAAGACCAGAACUAUAUAGAGAUGUGAGCAUGGCAAGAAUCCAAGAUGUUUCAUAUUCUCAAAUUGCGGACAAAAGUCCAAGGAUAGAUCAAGGAAAAGCCUCAACAGCACAACCAUCUUGUCCCAAAUGUGGUGGACAGCAUACUGGAGCAUGUCCUAUAGAGACUAGAACAUAUUAUGUUUGUGGAAAGGCGGGACAUCUUGCUAGAGUAUGCCCAGGUAAUCCAAACCAUAUGGAGCAAAAGAAAGUGCCAGCUAAGGUGUUUACUAUUACCAAAUCAGAUGUUGAGACAAAUCCAUCAAUGGUAAUGGGUAAAUUCUCUAUUUUUGGCAUCACAGCACUUGUACUAUUUGAUUUUGGAGCCACAUAUUCAUUUGUGUCUACUGAGUAUGUGAGGAAGUUGGGUAGGACGCUUGAUAUACAAGAGGGUAAUUAUAGUGUAACUAUUCCAUCUGGAGAUGUACAACAAAACAAUCUAAUUGUAAGAGUAUGUGUGAUCCUUAUAGAAAAUCAAGAGCUCUAUGCAUAUUUAAUUGUGUUAGAAAUGAAAGAUUAUGAUAUAAUUUUGGGUAUGGAUUGGUUGUCAAAAUAUCAAGCUACUAUAGAUUGUAUGAGGAUAUCAGUGACCUUUCAACCUUUGGGGAAUGAGCCAUUUACAUUCAUUGGGAUCGAAAAAGGUUUUAGAGUUCCAACCAUAUCGGUAUUGAAAUCACAAAGGUUACUAGAUAGUGGGUGUGUAGGGUAUUUGGUGAGUGUUAAUGCUAUUGAAGCACAACACAAUCCGAAUCUUAAUGAUGUGCUAGUGGUACAAGAAUUUCCAGAGGUAUUUCCUGAUGAUUUACCUAGGCUACCACCAAAUCGUGAGAUAGAGUUUGUAAUUGAUUUAAUUCUAGGAACAUCUCCAAUUUCUAAGGCUCCAUAUAGAUUGGCCCCAACUAAACUGAAAGAGUUGAAGUUAUAA